CGUAUGGAUAACUGUAUAACCUGUGAUGUGUGUGCGAGAGAGAUAUAGAUACGUUGAUACACACAGAAACGAAUUGGGACACUGCCGUAGUAAACAAUAAUAAAGUGAAAAAUCGUCCUGACCAAAGUUUUUAGUGCUUUCAGUCGCAUGAAAGCUUUGGUGGACAUGUUUUUGUUUCUUUUUAAAUCAAAAUACCGGCGAAAACGGGUGUUAUUUAGGUUUAUUUAUACAUUAAUGCUAGUGUCUUUUUUGAUUUCUACUAUAAAUUGCAAUCAAGAUCAAUGCAAAGAUUUAGAUUGCGGUAAUGGGGUUUGUCAAAAUGGAACUUGCUUAUGCUACGAUGGAUGGCAAGGAAAUCAAUGUCAAUAUUGUGGUGGUAAAGUCAAACUGAAUGGAACUUCUGGCUUCAUAUCUGAUGGCAUUGGAAAUUACUCUUUAGAUGUUAAAUGUAGUUGGCUUAUUGAAGCUGGUAAUUCUACUAAUUCAACUAUAAGAUUACAUUUUGAAGAAUUUAAUACUGAAUGUGGUUGGGAUCAUUUAUACAUUUAUGAUGGCGACAGUGUACACUCCCCAUUGCUUGGAGUUUACAGUGGCUUGAUGUAUACAAAAUCUUACUCACUACAAAGUGUACCAGAAGUAGUUGCUCAUUCAGGAUUUGCAUUGCUACAUUUUUAUAGUGAUAUAGCAUAUAAUUUAUCUGGAUUUAAUAUUACUUAUAGUUUAAAUUCAUGUCCUAGUUCUACAUCAUCAGCUGAAUGUUCAGGAAAUGGUGUAUGUAUUGAUUCUGUAUGUACAUGUAAUGCUAAUUUCAUUGGUAAGGCAUGCCAUAUUCCUAUUUGUCCAAAUAACUGUACUGCUAGCAAUGGUGAAUGUAAUAGAGAACUACAUUGUUGUGUAUGUCAACCAAAAUAUAGAGGAGAUGAUUGCAGUCAAGUAGCUGAACAUGGAUAUUGGGAAGUACUUAAAACUAGUGAUUUUAUUCCACAAGGAUCUGCUUCUCACACAGCUGUUGUUUGGCAAGAUUCAAUGUACAUAGUUGGAGGAGAGUCUUUUAAAAAAGGGCAUAUGCUAUAUGUUUAUGAUUUUAAUGGUCAUGUAUGGGAAACUCCCCAUGUCAUAAGCAAAACAACCCCAACCAUACGUUAUGGCCACUCAUCUGUAUUAUUUGGUGAUAAAAUUUAUGUUUAUGGUGGAGUGAAAAGCGAUGGUACAGUAUGUAACGAGUUGUGGGCAUAUGAUAUUAAUGCCAAAUCUUGGGAAAACGUUACAGUUAAUACUGGUUCUUGUGAACGUAAUUUAUUAAACAAUGGUUUUACAAAUCAAGCUCUUUGUGGUCCCUUACGAAGUUCAGGACAUACAGCGACAUUAGUACCACCUUCUUCAUUAAUUCAGCAAUCUACUUCACCUGGAUCAAAUUCUCGUUAUAUAACAGAAAGAAUGAUAGUUAUUUUUGGACAUUCUCCUACCUAUGGUUUUUUAAAUUUUGUGCAAGAAUAUUAUUUUGGUACAAGAGAAUGGGCCGUUGUAAAAACCAAAGGUUAUCCAGUUAAAGGUGGUUAUGGUCAUAGUGCUGCAUGGGAUCCUGUAACUGAACGUAUACUAGUUUAUGGUGGUUAUGUGUCAAUGAGUCCAUUACAAUCUGCCUUAUCUUCUAAGUUGUAUUCAUAUGAUCCUUAUACACAUAAAUGGUAUUUAAUGAGCAAUGGACCAAAUGGUAGAUUUUUACAUAGUGGUUCAAUGUUAAGUUCAUCUGGAGGUUUGAUGUUAGUUUAUGGUGGAAAUAUUCAUAAUGAUACUGGUUUAAAUUCUAUGGUGUCAGAUGCCCAUUGUUAUGCUUCUGAACCUUUAUUGUAUGAUACUUAUUGUGAUUCUUGGGUACAAAUAACAUUGCCCUCAAAUUUAUUCACGAGUGUCAUGCGAUUUGGACAUUCUGCAAUAACAUUUGAAAAGUCAACUUAUAUAUAUGGUGGAUUUAAUGGACAAAUGUUAAAUGAUAUAUUAAAAUUUACUCCUGGAAAUUGUUCAUCAAAUAAUAUGAUAAACAAUUGUUUGAAUAGUCGUCAUUUCGGUGUUAAAUGUAUAUGGGAUCAUGAGAAAUCAGCUUGUUUAGCAUUCUCUGAAAUUACCAUAAAUGCUCCAGGCUUAGAUUAUGAGUCAACUUAUAGUCGAUGUCCUGAAGAAAGUAGAUCUCAAGUAAAAGAAAUUUAUGUUCAAUGUAAACAACAGACCACUUGUGAGUCUUGUGUACACACUCAUCGUUGUGGUUGGUGUCCCUCAUCAAAUUCUUGUAUUCAUGAUGUUGACCAAUGUGCACAAGAAGGAAUGCCAUUUAAUAGUGAACGACCAAUAACAUCUGAAUAUCAGUGUAGUAAUGAUAAUACUGAUCACAUGAGAUGUAGUCAUUUACAUUCCUGUCAAUCAUGUGUCACUCACACAGGAUGUUAUUGGAAUUCUAAACUUGAAACACCAUUAUGUAUGCCUAUCAUGAAUUCUGCUACAGCAUAUGAAUCAAAGUCACCUGAUGUGUGUGAAAGUGUUUGUGAUCAUUAUACUGAGUGUACUAAUUGUACUAAAGAUGAAUGCAUAUGGUGUCAAAACAAUGAAAGAUGUAUUGACAAAAAUGCAUAUACAUCAUCUUUUCCAUAUGGCCAGUGUAGAGAAUGGACAACUGAUGAACAUCGUUGUCGUACUUCACCUGGUAAUUCUCAAUGCAAUUUUUAUCGCACAUGUGUAGAUUGUCGAAGUGAUCCCGAGUGUGGUUGGUGUGAUGAUGGAUCUGGUACAGGUCUUGGAUCUUGUAUGGCUGGUGGUAGUACUCCACCUCAGUCAUGUUCUUUGAGCAAAUGGUACUUCACUCAGUGUCCCACUUGUCAAUGUAAUGGUCAUAGUACAUGUUUGAACAAUACAGAUAUAUGUAUACACCCAUGUUCAAAUUCUACAGAAGGUCGAAAUUGUGAAUUGUGCAUUAAAGGUUAUUACGGAAAUCCAAUUAAUGGAGGAGAAUGUAAAGAGUGUCGUUGUAAUAAUCAAGGAAAUCAAUGCAAUCAAGAAAAUGGUAAAUGUUUUUGUACAACGAAAGGUAUCAUUGGAGAUAACUGUGAAAAAUGUGAUACAAAUAACCAUUACCUAGGUGAUCCAUCAAAUCAUGGCUCUUGUUUUUAUGAUCUGACAAUUGAUUAUCAAUUUACAUUUAAUCUCUCCAAAAAAGAUGAUCUCAGAUUUACACAGAUUAACUUUCAAAAUUCUCCAUCCAAGGCGGAUGUAGAUGCUGAUUUUAGUAUAACAUGUUCUGUGAUGGCUAAAAUGAAUAUUACAGUUAGACCUGCGUAUGGUCCUGAAAAAAUGGUACUACCUCUACAGAACUGUACAAAUUUUAGAACUAAAUUCUUAAAAUCUGAUUAUAUGUUUGGAACUGAUGGAAAUAUUUCAUUGACAACUUUUUAUGUUUAUGUAUAUGACUUUAAACCCCCACUAUGGAUUCAAAUAUCUUUUUCUCAGUAUCCUAAAUUAAAUCUUCAACAAUUCUUUAUUACAUUUUCUUCAUGCUUUCUUCUUUUACUAUUAGUAGCUGCAAUACUAUGGAAACUUAAACAAAAAUAUGAUAUGUACCGUCGAAGACAGAGAAUGUUUGUAGAAAUGGAACAAAUGGCAAGUAGACCGUUUUCUGUUGUGGAAGUUGAAUUAGAAAAACGUAAUAUAGCCAAAAACUGUCAAAUACCAACAAUAUCAGUUUCUAAUAAUUUAAGAAAGCGUAAAAUAGAUGUACCAAACCCUGUGGCCUUGGAACCAUGUUCUGGAAACAAAGCAGCAGUAUUAACUUUACUUGUUAGACAACCUACUGGAAAUGACCAAUAUACACCUCAUGGACAUUCUGGUCUAGCAAUAGCAUCAGCUUUAGUAGUAGUUGGAAGUGUUCAACCAACUAAAAACAAUGGUGUUGAUAAUAGUUCACCUUUGACAGUGAAAGAAGAUGUUCGUUGGACUGGUAGAGGUAUGAAAGCUAGUCAACAUCCAAGUGAGGCUCGUAUUUAGGCAAUUAUUUCUUGUUAUGUUGAAAUUCAGUCUUAAAAUU